GUAGUUCGACUGGAGGUAGUGGCUGAGAGAGUUAGUAUGCGAGAACAAUUUGAAUAAAUGGAGUCUUUUAAAAGGAAAUUAUAUCAGCGCUUCCUGUUUUUUGCGUUUUUCCUUCCAAUCUCAGGUGUUUUGUGUUUUAGUGAGUUAUUUUUCAUCAAAGAGCCCCACGAUGUUACUGUCAUGCGGAAGGAUGCCGUUAUAUUGGACUGUCAGGCGCACGGAGAGUCGCCUAUUGCCAUCAGGUGGCUUAAAAAUGGAGUAAAAGUUGCAGAGAAUGACCGCGUCUACAUUCUCUCCAACGGCUCCCUUUCUAUUCCGGAGGUGGAGAGCAGGAGAGGAGACAAAUCAGAUGAAGGGUUUUACCAGUGCCUCGCUCAGAACAAGUAUGGAGCCAUCCUGAGCCAGAAAGUCUGUCUUACAAUUGCAAGUAUCUCCCCCUUUACAAAUCAGCCAACAUCUAUUGUGGUGACAGAAGGAUCAGUCGCCCGUUUCACCUGCAAAGUCACUGCAAGCCCUCCUCCCAUCAUCACCUGGGAGUUCAAUCGGGUCAUGUUACCCCUGGCAACUAAAAGAAUCACAGUCUUGCCCAGUGGCGUUUUGCAGAUCCACGGGGUGGAAAAAGGGGAUGCUGGGAACUAUCGUUGUGUGGCGACCAACAUCGCCAACCGUCGCCGGAGUACAGAGGCAACCCUCACUGUCACUCCAGCUCCAAGCCCCAAAUUGCCUCAGAGGCCUCGUAUCAUCGCCGGGCCCCAGAAUGCCACUGUGUCCCUGCACCAAAGUGCCAUCCUGGAAUGCAUGGCUACAGGGAACCCACGACCCCUCAUCUCCUGGAGCCGAGCCGACAGCAAGUCCAUCGAUGUUUUCAACACCAAGGUGCUGGGCAAUGGCAACCUCAUCAUCUCUGAUGUUAAACCCCAACACGGAGGAGUGUACAUGUGCAGAGCCACUACCCCUGGCACACGCAACUAUACCAUCGCCACAGCUAACAUCACUGUGCUAGCGCCUCCAUCCUUGGUGGAGUGGCCGGAGAGCCUGACCCGUCCGCGUGCGGGCACGGCACGCUUUGUGUGCCAGGCUGAGGGGGUUCCCCUGCCCCACAUCACUUGGCUGAAGAACGGAGAGAAGGUCCACUCCAACGGACGCAUCAAGAUGUACAACAGUAAACUGGUGAUCAACCAGAUCAUCCCUGAGGAUGAUGCCAUCUACCAGUGCCAGGUAGAGAAUGAGCAGGGCUCUGUGCUGUCCAUGGCCCGGCUCAUAGUGGUGAUGUCAGAGGACCGGCCCAGCGCGCCCAGGAACAUCCGGGCUGACACUGUAUCCAGCUCUGCCAUCUUGCUGGCCUGGGAGAGACCACUGUACAACUCAGACAAAGUGAUCGCCUACUCUGUGCACUACAUGAAGGCUGAAGGCUUGAACAACGAGGAAUAUCAGGUUGUCAUUGGCAACGACACAACCCGGUACAUUAUUGAUGACCUGGAGUCAGUGCGGAACUACACCUUCUACAUCGUGGCCUACAUGCCCAUGGGAGCCAGCCGCAUGUCAGACCAUGUGUUCCAGCACACCCUGGAGGAUGUGCCCCUGCGUGCUCCAGAGCUCAGCCUCACCAGCCGCAGCCCCACAGACAUCCAGGUGUCCUGGCAGCCCCUUGCAGCCAAGAUAAGCCGCGGCCGGGUGUCGGCCUACCGCUUGUCCUAUCGGACCAGCGCUGACCAGGCUGUCACCCAGCUGGAGCUUCUUGGGGAGAAGACCCAGUAUCUCCUGGAGGGCCUGCAGCCCGACACCAUCUACCUCCUCCGCAUCGCUGCAGCCACUAGCGUGGGCUGGGGGGAACAGUCAGCCUGGACCUCCCACCGCACCCCUAAGGCAUCCAGCGCCAAAGUGCCUCUGGCCCCUGAGCUACAGUUGGAGCCUCUGAACUGCACCACCAUCAUAGUGCGCUGGCAGCUGGCACCAGGAAACUCUGUCAGCAUCCAGGGCUACAGGCUGUUCUACCACGAAGAGAGCCAGGCUGAGAGUUCCCCCAUCCAGCUGCGUGUCCAGGACAACAGGCACACCAUUGGAGGCCUAGACCCAAGAAAGAAGUACCAUGUGAAGCUCCUGGCGUUCAGUUUCAUCGGCGAUGGCUACCAGGCAGACCAGACUAUCAGCACCCCUGGAUGUGUCUCGGUUCGUGAUCGUAUGGUGCCCCCUCCGCCACCCCCUCACCACGUGUAUGCCAAGGCUAACAGCUCAUCUGCCGUAUUCCUCCACUGGGGGCGUCCAGCCUUCACCUCCAGCCAGAUCGUCAACUACACCAUCCGCUGUAACCCUGUGGGCCUUCAGAACGCCUCCCUGGUACUCUACCUGCAGACUGCUGAGAAGAACAUCCUGGUCCCGGACUUAGAGCCCAACACCAGGUAUGAGUUUGCUGUCCGCCUGCACCUUGACCAACUGUCCAGCCCCUGGAGCCCUGUGGUCUACCAGAGCACUCUGCCUGAAGCACCUACUCUGCCACCGUCAGGUGUGAAAGUGACUCUGAUAGAGGACGACACAGCGCUGGUGUCAUGGAAACUUCCAGAUGAGCCCAACUUGGCGGUGACACGUUAUACCAUCUUCUAUGCUUCCAGGAAGGCCUGGGUAGCUGGAGAGUGGAAGGUGCUGCAGAGGGAAGGGAGCAUCACCAUGGCUCUACUGGAGAACCUACAGCCGGGGAACAUCUACCUGGUCAAGGUGUCUGCGUCCAACGAUAUGGGAGACGGGCCGUUUUCACACACCGUGGAACUAGCCGUGCAGAGCGAUGGCUCCACUUCCGGUCACAACCCCAGGCGCUCCCAUGGCUCAGCUACAGUGUUCUCUAGUGGUUUCUACCACCUGGACCAGAAGUCAAUGACAGGGAUCAUCGUGGGGGUUUGCAUUGCACUGAUCUGCAUCAUCAUCUGUGCCUUCAUCCUUGUCUGCAGAGGCAAAAACAGGAAAUCGUCAGCUACUAAAUCCAUCAGGCAGGAGGAUGGUCAGGUCCCCUCUGCUUUGGCCCACCUGGGCUCUGAGGGCCAGGCUGAGAAUGCUGAUGUUAUGGUGCCAAUGAUGAGAGCAGACCACUUCAUUGAUGCCAAGGGGGGAACAAAUCUGAUCAUCAAUAGCCUCGGACCAGUUUAUCCAAUCACUGAGAAGAGAAAUAAGUGGUUUUCCUUCAUUAAUCAGAAAAAAAUGAAUGCUACGAAAAGCCAGAUCCAGAGGAAGAGCCAUGGAAUCUGCUCGUACCAGCCAAGAGCAACAGUGCUGUGCUACAAGGAUGAGUCUCUGUCGUCACCCAACCAGCCCACCUCCCUGCAGGUCCUGUUUGGUCCACCUUUUGACACAGAGGGCUCCUCCAACAGCGAGGGCAGCCAGGAGACAGGCGACUCGGGCCGUUACUCUCACGACGAGACAGAGAUGACCAACCUGUCCUCUGGUCCCAGCAGCCGCCCUGCGUCUCUGAGAGAGGAGAGCGGGGGGUCAUUCUGCAGUCCUGCACAGGAGAGUGGGGGGGAGCUGGAGGAGCAGUCUCACCUCGACCUGGAGAUUGGAGACUCCAUGGAGAAACCGUGCAACCAUCACCACUAUCAGGCCCCAGACAAUUCCCAGCCUGCACUUUCUCUCUAGCAGUCUGUGUGACCUCCCAUCAAUCUCUCAACCCUAAACUCACUCCACUGUUUUAAAAGACAAUGAGCAGAAAUCCAAAAAUCCAGGUCUUUGGAAGAACUGGGCUCUGGUUUAGGUUCUGGUGAUUUCUAUCGAAGAAUCUUCUUCUAGUGAAUGUGUACUCAUUUUAUUUUUAUUCAAUGUUUGUGUGUAUGUGUUUGAAAGAAAAAUCUCACCCACCAUGAAUGUUUCAAGAGAUCGUCAAAAAUGUGAAAUGUGACUUACAUUUUUGACAUUAUUUAAGAGUUUAUCACUGGAGCAAAGUGUAGAGUGAGCCCUUCUUUUGCUGAUUAUCUACCUCAGUUUACCUCUCGGUAAACUCCAACUAUAUAUUUAAUAAUAACAACUUAUACCUGAACUAUAUAAGGGGUCUCUUCCUUUAUGGAACAACUAAUACUUCCUGAUGGCAAUAAUUAGUUUUUGCUAGGUAAAAUGUAUCCCGUAUUCAUUUUCCUCCUUGUUUAUAAUGAAGUACGGGAUUGUAAGGGUACUGCAGAUCUCAAUUAAAGCGUUGUUAUUUUCUUCUUUAUCACAGGUUAUUUAGACUAUUUCUCAGGUUACUUUACAAUAAGCUUUGAGUGUUUGGCUAUGGUAGAUUAAGGGCCAGUACAAUUUACUACAUACAUUGCUGAAAUUCAAUAAUAAGCCAGUAUGACACAAUGUACUUUUCAGGUUAUCCAUAGUAAUAAUGGUUAUUUAUAUAGUAGUAAUAACCAUAGUAAUAAUGGUUAAGACAUUUUUUCUUUUUUUUUCUUGGUCAAUGUGCAGUUGCCCUUACAAUUCCUGUUUUAUACUACCUCUUUUUAAGCAUUAUUUUGUUGUGUUACUAUUUUCCUAAACUCAGGGAACAAGGUUUAGUACAUUUGAAAAGCCAUGUGUAAUGUUCCAUGGUUGACUGACAGGGUAUCUUCUUAGUCCUGAACUGCUCAUUGUAGAUGGUAGUUGCCAUAGAUCUGUAUUGAAUGUAUCUCUAGAACAUUGUCAGUUACGGUGCAGAGCCUUGUGAUGCCCCACUCACAGGUAGAAAAACUUCAGUUGAAUUCAGUUGGAAUAAUGUGUCUGUGGUAUGGCAGGCUAUCAUUUUGGUUAUUUUGGGAAAGAACAUACCAAAAAUGCUUGUGUCGAUGUGUUUCAACACAGCAGACCUUAAAAGCUUUAUAAAUGGCCUUAAAUGGGGAAAGAGACCCUCAGAUGUCGGAGACAAGCAGAAAGGAUCAUAUACCAAAGUCCGAUCCAUCUGAGGUCCAGCUCUUUGACACAUGGGGAUGGGAGAAGUGUGAAGAACGAUUGUUGAAAACCAAAAGCGUUAAAUCAGUGCGAUAGAAGUGAAUGGAAUGAACACCAAGAAAACAUUUUAUCUCUAAAGAUAUCUAUAUUUUUGUUGACAUUUAUGUACUACUGAGUACAGAUUUGAGUUACUUUUGUUCUUUAAGUAGUUGAUACUUUACCAUAGAGUAGAAAAAUAAGUUUAGCACUUGUCAGAUUAGUUUGAUUUGUUGAUCACAGCCAAUGUGCAGCGGUGACUGAUGCUAUCAUACAAAGUAAUUGUUUGCUCCCUCUGUUUGUUUUUGAUCUCUCAGCGGGUCCCUGGGAAAAUUACAAUGAGGUUUUUCUCAUGGGAUUAGACCAAAAAUCUAACGCAGAUCAGUUGAGAUGCUGCUUCUAAGACAAAGCUUUGCACAUGUGUGCCCCUGUUCUGUGACCAACUGAGUUGAGAUGCGGGUUCUCUCAGAAAGUGCCCCCAGGAUUUUGGGCCCUUGAUAAUGGUUAAAAUGACAAUUAUAAUCAACGUCAUGCACACUAACCAAAUCACCCUAUUAUUGGUUUUCUUUAGAGCUUUACUGUUGCAACUAGAUGUGUACAUUGUAGGGGGAAAUUAUAUUCCGGAGCUAUAUACAGAAUAUUAUAUAGAUUCUUAUCCUACAUUGCAACAGUAUUUUCAAUCAACGGAUUUCUAACUAAUAGGAUGACAGUUUGCAUGAAGUGUGACACAAUCAGUUUUACUUUCAUUUGAAUGGCAAACAAUGUAUACCAAAGAAUUCAGUUCACUGUUGCGCAUUGGCAAGAGAUCCAUUUAGACAUAUAUCUCUGCAUGAUAUUUUCUCAUUUUAUUUGGUUCCAAAAGCUUUAUCCCCAUUUAGGUUUUGAUUACUACUUAAUAAAUGGGUGUCUAUUAGACCACAAACCAAGAUGAAAGUGGUAAACAGUUAGUGCUUUUAAACAUGCAUUGUUAUUUGUCAUUGAAGCAAAAAAUAAACCGAUUUUUAUACAUUAUUUUUUACUUUUUCUCACUGGAGGAGAAAUACAUAUUAUUGUUUUUUUCAAUGGGGUUUCAUAUACCCCAGUUUUGAGAAAGUACCAACUGAAUUUAGUUUUUUCCUAGAUGCCUAAAAUGUAUUAAUCUUUGAUACGAAUGUGAAUACUUCUUUAAACUGUUGUAGAUGAUCAUUAGUCUGAAAAGCUGUGUUAAAAUGUCAAGUUCAUAUUGUAUAUGGAAUAUUUGAGUUGUUUUUGCUUUUUAUUUACAUGUGUAAUCCUCUGCAUUGUUAUAAUGCUCGGUGACUGCAAUCCAACUCUGAUAACAACUAAAAGCUGGAAUAGACAAGUUAUUAUUGAGCAGUUGCAGUAACAGUAUCGUUUUUGUCUUUUCAAUUGUGAUAAAGAGUAACCAUAGGGUUCUCAUUCUUAUAUAUGUUUUCAGAAUCAGAAUGUUUGAGAGGGUUCUGCAUUCUCGUAUUGGUUGUGAAUGUCCAAUAAGUGAUAUACCGUCUUCUACCUCAGGUUCCUCUUCCAGCUUUUGAUAGAGAUGUGAUGGAUGCUAUAGUUAGAGGGAGCCAAGAGAUGAAAGAACGAGUGAUGCAGAUCCAGUCCUGUGUCUCUUUAAUUUCAAGAGUUGUGUUCUCUUUUUUUUCCUGAACAUGUGAAUAUAAAGGGAUGUAGUGGAGGACUUGGUGUGAAUCAUAAUUAUCUGGUGCUCUGAGUCCCCUUUUCUUCUGCAGUAACAUUUUUCUGUAAAGGCUGUGCUGCUGGCUUUAGCUGCAGUGGUGGAGUGCUGUGGGUCAUUUACAGUUAAACUCAGGGGAACCCACAGCUGCUCCACAGUUGUAGCGAGAGUAGCUUUGGGACACAACAUUGGGAGUCUAUGUAACCAAUACACACUCUCGUUGUUGUGUUUUGUCAUUAUUUUGUGUCAAUGUUUUUUUUUCUCCUUUUUUCUGUUUGAUCUUUGAUCACAACACCAACAGCUUUUCUUCAAGGUAUUCAAGCAAGCCUAGGUCCUUACAACUUUCUUCAUGACAAAAAUGUUAUAGCCUACUUGUCCAAUUAAAGUUAAAAAUAAUUUAAACAAUAAAUAAUUCUGAGAAUGACUGAGUUUAAAUAAACAAUGUGAACUUUCUUGCACGUAUUGGUAUGUCUGUCCUCACCAAUAUUAGAGUAUUAUUAUAAAACUAUUAGAGACUGUAUUAGAGUAGCUAGUAUAUUUAGUACACACACACAGGUGUACACACACACACAUCAGCACUGACUAUAGGUUAAUUUGAUAUUGUUGUAGGUGUAUGCAAUAGCUAAGUUAGCUAUGCAAAGUGCCAUAGGUAACCAUUUACAGUAACUGCUGUUAAUUUUUCCUCUGUCAAUAAACACCAUCAGUCAACAAAAGAUAUAGGAUAUAGCUAAUCUGACCUUUCUGCAGCAGGUAGCUCUGCCAAGGCAGCUUUAGCAGGUUUAGGGACUAACUUACUUACACUAACUACUACUAGCUAGUAUGACUAUAGCAUAGCCAGUAACCUACUAGCCUACUUUGUUCAGUUGUUGUUGAGUUUGUUCUAUUGGCAUGCAAACUUUAUAAUAAGUGCUGCAUCUUAGCUAACAUUAGUAAUUUUAUCUUCCGGUCACACUCAUACUAUCAAAUCCUCUCUUUGUGCUACCGACCUAGACUGUAAACAC